ACGCCAACACUAUUUUACGAGAUUUUAAGGAUAUGUACGUUAAUCAAAUACAAGUAAAAGAGAAAGAAUUAUCCGUGUGUCAGGCGCAAUUAGCAUCCAAUAGCGAGGACCUUGAAAAAACAAAUCGUAUGAUUGAAGGGUUGAAAGAAAAAACUCGAGCUUUACCUAUGCGAAAAGAACGUGUGAAUGAAUUAAUUAACUUGGUGACGGAUAAGAUCGAAGGUCAAAGGAAUAAAAGAUUAGAAAAUUUAAUCUCGGAAGAAAUGACAAAAAUUGGACCAAUUGCAGAUGUAAAUCAGGAUAGAGUCAAAGAGCUUACACAACAGCUGGAAGGUUUAAAGAUUGAAAGGCUUCAACUGCUUAAAACAUUGAUAGAAAUAAAGAAGAAUCCUGAUACAAAUCUCUCACCUUAUAAACGAGUAAUUA